AUGGAUUUGGAGCGCAAGGUGAAGUUUCACGAGCAGGUUCUCGGCAAGUGCUGGCUGUCCGAGCAACGGGGAGAAAUGGCGGACGAGAAUACGAGAUCAAGAUCUACACGACGCAUUGUCGCUUAUACAAGAGUUAUUAAUGAUGUUGUCCGCGUGUUCAAGUGGGCAUGCCUUGCGCGCGAUCAUGGAUGGCAUGAUGGGCGCUGGUACCAGCCGGGUGUAUCGUGCUACCAUUAUGACAAGAAAUGGCGACGACGCAAACACAUAUCCUGUGAGUACCUCAUCGAUUCACACGAGAAUGCCGAGCUAAAUUCUACGGACACCUGCAUCAAGACGAAGUUCGCCCCGCAGGCUGGCCAGAUGACAAGCACCACACAUGCAGAAUAA